GACUCUUCUGCUCGCACUGCUGCUGCAGCACAAACGUGACUUCCAACAUUUUAAAUUUAUCUUUCCUUUUUCUUUUUCAAGAUGUAACUACAGAUCAGAUACUAAGGACCUUCACGUUUCGCUGAUGUAGUUUUUGGAAGAAAAAAGGGGGGGGAGUGAAGGGCGUCGGUUUUUUUUUUUUUCUUUUCUUUUUUUUUUGUGUCUGUUGUAUGUUUCGGGGGAAAUUUUCCAUUAUGAAUGUUUUACUAAAGUGAAUUUUUCUUGUUUGCUUCGUUCGUCUUUGGCUUUUUUUUUCCUUUUAUCCUUCUCAAUUUCGGAUUUAUUUCAAGGCGAAUCUGGCUUUGGGGGAAGAGGAAGAAAAGUCGGAUUACAAGAUCAACCACCACCACCAACAAUAAAAACCACCAGGAUAUUUUUUUGCAAAUUUCUGACGGCUUUAAAUUCAUGAAGCAAUUGUCCCCUUUUGCAAUCAGCAUUUGGAUCUCAGAAUGAGCAAGGAAAGACCCAAGAGGAAUAUCAUUCAGAAGAAAUACGAUGACAGCGAUGGGAUCCCGUGGUCAGAAGAGAGAGUCGUAAGGAAAGUCCUUUACUUGUCUCUAAAGGAAUUCAAGAAUGCACAGAAAAGGCAGCACGGGGAAGGCAUUGCCGGGAGCCUGAAAACUGUAAAUGGGCUUCUUGGUAAUGACCAGUCUAAGGCAUUAGGACCAGCCUCAGAGCAGUCAGAGAAUGAGAAGGAUGAUGCCUCCCAAGUGUCUUCUACUAGCAACGAUGUUAGUUCUUCAGAUUUUGAAGAAGGGCCGUCGAGGAAAAGGCCCAGGCUGCAAGCACAAAGGAAGUUUGCUCAAUCUCAGCCGAAUAGUCCCAGCACAACUCCAGUGAAGAUAGUGGAGCCUUUGCUACCCCCGCCAGCUACUCAAAUUUCGGACCUCUCUAAAAGGAAGCCUAAGACAGAAGACUUUCUUACCUUUCUCUGCCUUCGAGGUUCUCCUGCGCUGCCCAACAGUAUGGUAUAUUUUGGAAGCUCUCAGGAUGAGGAGGAUGUCGAAGAGGAAGAUGAUGAGACAGAAGAUGUCAAAACAGCCACCAACAAUGCUUCAUCUUCAUGCCAGUCAACCCCCAGGAAAGGAAAAACCCAUAAGCAUGUUCACAACGGGCAUGUUUUCAAUGGCUCCAAUAGGUCAACACGGGAGAAAGAAUCUGCUCAAAAACACAAAAGUAAGGAGGCCACUCCCGGGAAGGAGAAGCACAGUGACCACAGGGCAGACAGCCGAAGGGAGCAGGCUUCAGUGGCUCAGCCCACAGCCAACUCAUCUGCGGGUUCCUCAGCCAAGGGGCUUGCUGCCAACCACCAACCUCCCCCUUCUCAUCGGUCGGCUCAGGACUUACGGAAACAGGUUUCUAAGGUAAAUGGAGUCACUCGAAUGUCAUCUCUGGGUGCAGGUACAAACAGUGCCAAAAAGAUCCGAGAAGUCAGACCUUCACCAUCCAAAACUGUGAAGUACACUGCCACAGUGACCAAGGGGACUGUCACAUACACCAAAGCCAAGAGAGAACUGGUCAAGGAAACCAAACCCAACAACCACAAACCCAGUUCAGCUGUCAACCACACAAUCUCAGGGAAAACUGAAAGUAGCAAUGCAAAAACCCGCAAACAGGUGCUAUCCCUUGGGGGGGCGUCCAAGUCCACCGGGCCUGCUGCCAGUGGCCUCAAGGCCAGCAGCAGGUUGAACCCAAAGUCAUGCACUAAGGAGGUAGGGGGGCGGCAGCUGAGGGAGGGGCUGCGGAAUUCCAAAAGGAGACUGGAAGAGGCACAGCAAGUGGACAAGCCGCAGUCACCCCCCAAGAAGAUGAAGGGGGCGGCAGGCAAUGCUGAAGCCCCUGGCAAAAAGGCCUCAGCAGCUUCAGGAGAGAAGUCUCUGCUGAAUGGACACGUGAAGAAGGAAGUGCCCGAGCGAAGUUUGGAAAGGAAUCGGCCAAAGCGGGCCGCGGCCGGCAAGAAUAUGCUGGGCAAACAAGCACAUGGCAAGACAGAGGGCACCCCCUGUGAAAAUCGUUCUACCUCUCAACCCGAGUCCUCGCACAAGCCACAUGACCCACAGGGCAAGCCAGAGAAGGGGAGUGGCAAGUCUGGGUGGGCAGCGAUGGACGAGAUCCCUGUCCUCAGGCCCUCCGCCAAGGAGUUCCAUGACCCGCUCAUCUACAUCGAGUCAGUCCGUGCUCAGGUGGAGAAGUACGGGAUGUGUCGUGUGAUCCCCCCACCAGACUGGCGGCCAGAGUGCAAGCUCAACGAUGAGAUGCGCUUUGUCACACAGAUCCAGCACAUCCAUAAGCUGGGCCGGCGCUGGGGCCCCAAUGUACAGCGGCUAGCCUGUAUAAAGAAGCACCUCAGAUCUCAGGGCAUCACCAUGGAUGAACUCCCCCUCAUAGGAGGCUGUGAGCUCGACCUGGCCUGCUUUUUCCGGCUGAUUAAUGAGAUGGGCGGCAUGCAGCAAGUGACUGACCUCAAAAAAUGGAACAAACUAGCAGACAUGCUGCGCAUUCCCAAAACUGCCCAGGACCGGCUGGCCAAGCUGCAGGAGGCCUACUGCCAGUACCUGCUUUCCUAUGACUCCUUGUCACCUGAGGAGCACCGACGGCUGGAGAAGGAGGUGCUGAUGGAGAAGGAGAUCCUGGAAAAGCGCAAAGGGCCAUUAGAGGGGCACACAGAGAACGACCACCACAAGUUCCACUCCCUGCCCCGCUUUGAGCCCAAGAAUGGGCUCAUCCAUGGUGUUACACCCAGGAAUGGCUUUCGUAGCAAGCUCAAGGAGGUGGGCCGGGCCCCACUCAAGACAGGCCGGCGGCGACUGUUCGCUCAGGAAAAAGAAGUGGUCAAAGAGGAGGAAGAAGACAAAGGUGUCCUCAAUGACUUCCACAAGUGCAUCUAUAAGGGAAGAUCUGUUUCUCUAACAACUUUUUAUCGAACAGCAAGAAACAUCAUGAACAUGUGCUUCAGCAAGGAGCCCGCACCAGCAGAGAUCGAGCAAGAAUACUGGAGGUUAGUGGAGGAGAAGGACUGUCAUGUGGCAGUUCAUUGCGGAAAGGUGGACACUAAUACCCAUGGCAGUGGGUUCCCGGUGGGAAAAUCAGAACCCUUUUCAAGGCAUGGAUGGAACCUUACUGUCCUCCCCAAUAACACAGGGUCCAUCCUGCGUCACCUCGGUGCUGUGCCUGGAGUGACUAUUCCUUGGCUAAAUAUUGGCAUGGUCUUUUCUACCUCAUGCUGGUCUCGAGACCAAAAUCACCUUCCAUAUAUUGACUACUUACACACUGGUGCUGACUGCAUUUGGUAUUGCAUUCCUGCUGAGGAGGAGAACAAGCUGGAGGAUGUGGUCCACACCCUGCUGCAGGGCAAUGGUACCCCAGGGCUGCAGAUGCUGGAGAGCAAUGUAAUGAUCUCUCCAGAGGUGCUGUGCAAGAAGGGGAUCAAGGUCCACAGGACUGUACAGCAGAGUGGGCAGUUUGUUGUCUGCUUCCCGGGAUCCUUUGUGUCCAAAGUAUGUUGUGGCUACAACGUCUCAGAGACAGUGCACUUUGCUACCACCCAGUGGACAAGCAUGGGCUUCGAGACUGCCAAGGAGAUGAAGCGCCGCCAUAUAGCCAAGCCAUUCUCCAUGGAGAAGUUGCUCUACCAGAUUGCACAAGCAGAAGCAAAAAAGGAAAAUGGUCCCACCCUCAGUACCAUCUCAGCCCUUCUGGACGAGCUCAGGGAUACAGAGCUGCGGCAGCGCAGGCAGUUGUUCGAGGCUGGCCUUCACUCUUCUGCACGCUAUGGCAGCCAUGAUGGCAACAGCACAGUGGCAGAUGGGAAGAAAAAGCCUCGAAAGUGGCUGCAGCUGGAAACUUCAGAGAGGAGGUGCCAGAUCUGCCAGCACCUGUGCUACCUGUCGAUGGUGGUACAGGAGAAUGAGAAUGUCGUGUUCUGCCUGGAGUGUGCACUGCGCCAUGUGGAGAAACAGAAGUCUUGCCGUGGGCUGAAGCUGAUGUACCGCUACGAUGAGGAGCAGAUCAUCAGUUUGGUCAACCAGAUAUGUGGCAAAGUGUCCGGCAAACACGGUGGCAUUGAGAACUGUCUCAACAAACCCACACCAAAAAGAGGUCCCCGCAAGAGAGCGACCGUGGAUGUGCCACCAUCUCGGCUCCCAUCCUCAUGAAGAUGCCGAAUCCAUGGUCACUUAUAUAUUUUUUGUAAUUACUAUAUUCUAGUUUGGAGUACUUGCUGUAGGAUACAAGCUGUCUUUGCACUAGCUCUAAAGAAGAAUUUCUUCUGGUUUUAGAGAACUGAUUUUGUUUUAGCAUUAAACUGUCCAAGUUUUUGUACGUAGAUAUCUAGAUACUGCAGUCAGGUUUGGAAGCUGCCGUACACUCACUAUCUAAAACCCUUGAGGGGCUGUAUUAAUUUGUAUUGCCCCACGGCUGAGAAAAGCCUGUUUUUUUUUUUUUUUUUUUUUUUUUUUUUUUUUUUUGUUUUUGUUUGUUUGUUUGUUUUUGUUUGGUAACUGUUGAGGAAUAAAGGCUUUCUAACCCAUUUUUGAAGAGGUUGAACU